AUGGCCUCAAAUACGUUCUCACCAAGGUUCACGGCAUGCAAAAACGGUGUAGAAUGUAGCGGAGAAGAGAUAUGUGCUCUUGAUCAGAAUACCGCUUUAUAUGAGUGUCAACCGAAGAUGUCUGUUCCAAAUGAGACGUGGGUAAUAAUGGAUGAUUCAUCUAUGCCUCAAUGGUAUCCACCUACGAAUCGAAAAACCUUCGACCAACCGUGUCAACAUCCUCCUCUGUCACAAAGCAUAGACGAAUAUUAUGGAAAUUGUCGGAAUGGUUUAUUUUGUGAUAAAUAUUUAAAUAUCUGCAUGAAACAAUUGGAUACGAGCGAAAAAUGUGAAACGAAUAAUCAAUGCGUCUCCCAAAAAUGUAAUGGGGUUUGCACCUCCAUUUACUUCAAUAGUCAUAAGCCGAUGGCGAUUGUUAUAGCUAUGUUUGCGUUGUUUGUGGUGGCGGGAAUUGUUCUUUUCUUUGUCAUCAAUAUCAAGAGAAAAAGACGGAAAGAGGAAAGGAUGACAAGUGACGGGCAUGACAGAAGUAAUGCCACUCAACGGUUAAGCAGCGGAAGUACUUCACACAAAACGACCUCAGUCGUCACUAUCGAUGGUGAAAAUAUGAUAUAUGGCCCAUACUUUGGCGAACAAAACGUCAUCAAUCUCAACCAAGAACGUAUGGGUUUAAUAUUUAGCGAACGAACAUCAACUAUGUCGAACCAGGAAUUACACUCCUCCAAUGUCUCAUCAAUAAUAGAGAGUUCGGCCCAGAAACAGGAGAAUAAAUCAGAUGUGAAAAUAGAAAAUAAUUCAUCUGAUAAUAGGGAUUCGAAUGAUCAAUCAAUGUUAUUUAAGGAUGCGUUUGAUGAAUUUCCGCCUCCCCCAUAUAGACGAAGCGAAAAAGCCAGAGAAGUAGUGAAAUGA